GGCAGCAGCCGUUCCCCCUUGCUGCUCAGGUCUGGGGCUGAGGUCCCAGAGCCCCCCUUACCCCGCCAGGAGUGCGUUUGACAGACAGACCUCCCUCCUCCCUCCCUGCUCCGCACGCAGCCAUCCUCCACUCGAGGCAAACCUUUCCUCCAGCCUCGCUCCUGCUGUUCCCCAGCUCCCCCCCGGUAGCAGAGGGACACCCUCCGUGCUGGCCGUCGCUUCCCCUCUCCCCCUCGGCCCUCCCCAGCGCCGGAGAGAGCGAGACGAAAAGUGUCGGAGCGGGGAGCGCAUAGCAACAGGGUCUGGCAUGAAGAAGGUUCGGCAGCAGCAUCUCCGGAAGCCCGUGACACCAGAUCUUCUGGUAAGCCCCAGCAGCCAGGAUGGGGACCUGGGCUCCGAGUGCCCAGAAGACAGAGGGAACUGGACGGGGCGGCUGGAUUUCCUCCUCUCCUGCAUCGGAUACUGCGUUGGCCUUGGAAACGUCUGGAGGUUCCCUUACAGGGCUUACACCAAUGGAGGAGGAGCUUUCUUGGUUCCUUACUUCAUCAUGCUGGCCAUCUGUGGGAUCCCCAUCUUCUUCAUGGAACUGUCACUUGGCCAGUUCUCCAGCCUGGGGCCACUUGCAGUCUGGAAGAUAAGCCCUCUCUUUAAAGGCAUUGGCAUGGGCACGAUCCUCAUCGUCUCCUUGGUGGCCAUUUACUACAAUAUGAUCAUUGCUUAUGUUCUCUUCUACCUCUUUGCAUCCCUCACAAGCGACUUGCCCUGGCAGCACUGCGGCAACUGGUGGAACACCGACCUGUGCCUGGACCACCACGUCAUCAAGGGGGGGAACACCACCUUCCCCGUCAACAUCACCAACACUGUCAGCCCCAGCGAGGAGUACUGGAGUCGGUAUGUCCUGCACAUCCAAGGGAGCUCAGGGAUCGGGGAUCCCGGGAGGAUCCGCUGGAACUUGUGUCUGUGCCUGCUCCUUUCUUGGACUAUCGUCUAUCUGUGCAUCCUUAAGGGAGUCAAAUCCUCUGGCAAGGUUGUGUACUUUACUGCCACCUUCCCGUACCUCAUCCUGGUGAUGCUGCUCAUUCGUGGUGUGACCCUGGAGGGGGCCUGGAAGGGGAUACGGUUUUACCUCACGCCCCAGUUUGAUCAUUUGCUGUCUUCCAAGGUGUGGAUCGAGGCAGCCCUGCAGAUUUUCUACUCCCUUGGGGUGGGCUUUGGGGGCCUCCUCACCUUCGCCUCGUACAACACCUUCCAUCAGAAUAUCUACAGGGACACCUUCAUAGUGACCCUGGGUAAUGCCAUCACCAGCAUCCUGGCAGGGUUUGCCAUCUUCUCUGUUUUGGGAUACAUGUCCCAGGAGCUUGGGGUCCCUGUUAACCAGGUGGCAAAAGCAGGUCCUGGUCUGGCUUUUGUGGUGUACCCACAGGCCAUGACAAUGCUCCCCCUUUCUCCAUUCUGGUCAUUCCUGUUCUUCUUCAUGCUGUUAACCUUGGGCCUGGACAGCCAGUUUGCAUUCAUGGAGACCAUCGUCACGGCAGUGACAGAUGAAUUUCCCUAUUACCUGCGGCCAAAGAAAGCCUCAUUCUCGGCUGUCAUCUGCAUUGCCCUCUUCCUGAUGGGGCUCAUCCUCACAACAGAGGUAAGGGUGUGGGCAUGGAUCCAUUGUGGGGACCAACUAGGGCUUCAUUUUAGGGAGAACUUCGGUCAUGGCCAUGUUUGCAGACAUGAGUAUUCACAUCAGCUAUCAAGGCGAAAGAGAAACAAUGAGCCUGGGCUUGCAGAAGGUGUGAGUCCAAGGGGAGUGACACAGUGUUAUUCUCAUCCCUACACAAACCCCAUAAGAAGUGUGAUGUCUCUUGAUGUCUCUGCUGUCUUCCCCAGGAUGCACAAAAGUGGGAGGAGCUGGGUGGGGGUUUAUUGGGAUGAUGGUCCUGGAGAUGCUGGCCAUUGUGCUUUGUCUCUGCAGGGUGGAAUGUACUGGCUGGUCCUACUGGAUGAUUACAGUGCUGGCUUUGGCCUCAUGGUGGUGGUGAUCACUACCUGCCUCGUGGUGACACGUGUCUAUGGCAUAAAGAGGUUCUGCCGAGAUAUCCACAUGAUGCUGGGCUUCAAACCAGGGCCCUACUUCAGAGCCUGCUGGAUGGUCCUAUCCCCAGCAACAAUGAUGGCUCUGCUGGUAUAUAACAUAGUCAAGUAUCAGCCCUCCGAGUAUGGCAGCUACCGCUUCCCCACCUGGGCCGAGGUCUUGGGCAUCCUCAUGGGAGUCCUCUCCUGCCUGAUGAUUCCCCUGGGCAUGGUGGUGGCUGUGCUCCGAGAAGAGGGGACCCUGUGGGAGCGAGUCCAGCAGGCCAGCCGGCCCGCCAUGGACUGGGGCCCGUCGCUGGAGGAGAACCGGACGGGCAUGUAUGUGGCCAGCCUGGCGGGCAGCCAGUCCCCCAAACCGCUGAUGGUCCACAUGAGGAAAUAUGGGGGCAUCACCAGCUACGAGAACACGGCCAUCGAAGUGGACCGGGAGAUGGAGGAGGAGGACGAGGAGGAGUCCAUGAUGUGAGGGGACCCCCGCCACCCCCAAUUUGCACGGGUUGCACUGCAGCACUUCAGGACAGCUUGGGGACUGCUGCUUGGGCAGCAGUCGGGAGCUGUCAACCCUGCCAGGUUCCUCACCACCACCCUGGCCCUGCCACGAUAGAGCUGCUGCCCAUCCUGGUGCCCCUGAUGUGUUUCUGUUCAGUGUGACAAACUGUGUGAUGAGUCCAUCUGUUCAUGUGACAGUGUCUGGUUGAAGUGUCAGGGCUGCCCCACUCCCACCCUCAGCCCCAGCCCUGCCCUCCUCAUGUAGGGGUAUCCAGGGUGCAGGAAUGUCCAGGCUGCAGCAGGUGGGGAGGUGGAAGAGGUUGAGGAGGUCCUCUGCAUUGGUCUGUUCUGUGUUUGUGUGUAUUUGACUCCAGUAACUCAUAAACACAUGUGAGAGAGGCUGUAACAUCCUCCAUGCCCUGAGGACAAUGUGCACCAGUGUGCUCUGAUCACACAGAGGUAUUCCAGCAAAUAACCAGCACUAAUCAGUGUCCUCCCAAAGAAAUUUGACCUAAUAAAUGAGCAGUUAAAAGUAAUUAAAAAAAAAA